AUGCAGUAGUCACUAGAGCUGCAAGGCAAGCCUGGUUGAGUGUUGUUGGUUUUGUGGAGCUGCCUUGAAUGACUUCGCUGUCGGUGCAUCUGCGUCUGGACUUGAGUGUUUUUGUGUACAGAGCUGGGCAUACUGCUCAUGACGACAUGAGUCCAUGACCCUGUCUGUGCAGCAGUGUCUGUGUAGUAAGUGGGGUGCCCUCUGCCCGCCAGCCAGCUAGCUCAGCGUCUGUCUACAGUCUAGUCUGUGUGCGUGUGUGGAAAUCCUUUUGGGGAAAUGGCGCCAAAGGCUGUAUUGGAGAAGAAGGCCUGGGAAUGGACCGGACGUAUUCCUCCUGAGAACGUGCAACAAGAACACCUUGUUUUGGCUUAUCGGCUCAAUCUUCUACCAUGCAAAAGCGGCUCGUGCAAGCGAAAUUGUCGGGGAAAUCCCAGCUGCUUGCAAGGCCUUGGAGAGCGACAUUGGUUCUCAGAAGCAUCAGACGCUUCUUUCAACGACAGCCUCGAGCCGGAGAGUGAACGUCGAGAUGAGUCGCAGUGUGUCGGCCUUCGUAACCUGGGUGCAACCUGCUACUAUAAUACCUUGCUGCAGUUGUGGUUUCACGACCCAACGUUUCGCUCGGCCCUGUACCAGUGGAACGAGGACGAGGACCCAAUGGUGUGCGCGGCACGGCAUGAGCAGCGCCAAGCGGACGAGAAACGCCAGGCCGCCGAUGACAAGCAGCGGGAAUGCUCUCCACCCUCAUCAUCAUCAUUACCCACAGUCAAGUCGUCCCCAAGCCCAGGUGUUGCCACCGUUGCAGCAACCACAGCAGGUUUGAGCGAAAUUGGUGCUGAGGACGAGGAAGAGGCUGCGCUCAUUCGCCAAGCCAUUGCAAUAUCCAUGGAAGACUGCGAGCGUCCGCAGAAAGACAAUGGCGAAGUAGCUGUAGCAGAUGGGGAUCACUCCGCCGCUGCUGUCAAUGGAGAUGGAGAUACCGAUUGUUCUGUUUCGAAAGUAGUGGCGUCUGCAGAAGUGCCCGAAGAGCCAGUGUCGCCAUUGAUGAAGUCAGUCUGUGGUCAGCUGCGCCUUCUGUUUGCCAAGCUGCAGCUGAGUAAACGCAGGUAUAUCGACACUGUCGACUUCAGCACUACACUGGGUCUAAAUAUCAACCAACAGCAGGAUGCUCAAGAGUUUUGCCAGCUGUUCAUUUCGUUGCUUCAGACGCAGCUAUCUUCGCAGUCCAAUGCCAGUGUCAAGAACCUCAUUCAGAAUCAGUUUGGCGGUCGAUUUGCUUAUGUCACUAAGUGUGCAUCAUGCUCGGCUAAAAACGUGAACCCAUCGACGUUCUAUCAGCUGGACCUCUCCAUCCAGCAGCAUGACAGUCUGACGGAUUGUCUACGGGACUACUUGAAGGAGGAAAUUCUGGAUGGUGACAACCAGUAUUCCUGUGGUCGUUGUGCAAAGAAACGUGAUGGCACUCGACAUAUGGAGCUCUUAACAUUGCCGCCGGUCCUCAACUUUCAGCUGAUGCGAUUUAUUUUUGAUAGGAAGACGUUUCAGAAGAAGAAGGCAAAGUCAUGGUGCCAGUUUCCAGAGGAGCUGGAUAUGUCAGAGUUUGUCCACCGUGGUGGGACCACUGAGAGCAUGUAUGACCUAACAGGUGUGCUAAUUCAUUGUGGACCUAGCGCUUACUCUGGUCACUAUGUGGCACACAUCCAGAACACCGAGACCAAACAGUGGUGGCAAUUCAAUGACGAGAGCACUGAAGUGAUGAGCGGUAGCAAGUUGCACCUAGGCCUUAAUAAGAUGGACGUGGGCAAGCUGAAAGGCAGGAAGACGCAGAAGGGCUGGCACACCUCCAAUGAUGCGUACAUGCUGGUCUACACUCGCCGCACUGCGUCACAACCCGCGGCCACUCUGCUCUCGUCGCCACCGGAAGAGGUGAAGUCACUUGUUGACAAGGACAAUGAGGAGUUAGAAGAUUGGAUCGAGAACACCAAGUGCUGUCAGAUGGAGAAUGUUGAAUCCGGUCGCCAGAAGCGAUUAGAGAAGCAGACUUUGUACUCCCUGCUCAACGUGACACCUGCGGACAAGGACUUUCGCUUCAUCAAGACGUCUUGGCUGCAGACGUGGCUCGACGAAGAGACCAGCGACGAGGCUGUUGACGCGCUCUCUGACAGCGACAUCCGCUGUGUGCAUGGCAAUUUGGAUGUAGCCAAAAUUGACCUUGUCAAGCGGAUCAGCAUCACAGCGGCCACAGAACUAAUAUCACUCUAUGGCGGCGAUCUGCACCUUGGCAAAGAUUCGCUGUGCCGGGAGUGCGUAGUACUGAAGUGCCGGCACAUGCGCUUCCAAUCCAAGCUUGCUGAGGACGUUCGGCAAGUUUCAGCUGUGCUCAAAGCCAAAUCCUCUGAUUCCUCCUCCUCUGCAUUUUGGAUCGGCAAGACAUCUCUGCAGCGCUGGCGACGGUUUGCUAACGAUGACUUCCUUUCCAGGUACCCCCUUCCUGUUAUGCGUUCACCGUGCCCGGAAGACGAUAGUCCAGCCAGCCCCAAGCCAGAUGACCGCUCAUUCUGCCACAACAUGGAGUCUGAUUCACCGCCUGAAGAUCUAGCCAAGGAACCAACUGAUGAGAAUGCACUGCAUGAGCAGCAGUCCAGUGCAGAUAAUGUAAGCACAACGGCGGCCAUCGCUACCACCACCGCCACCCCCACUGCUGCUGGCGACGGUACUGAAGAAGUGCCCAGCUCUUCUUCUGGCAGCCCUGGAGGUCUCGUUGAUCACACGGUAACUAACGGUGUUUCCGUGAAUGAUGGUGCAGUAGUGCCUUCUGCUGGUACUGCUGCUGGCGACAACGCAGAGUGUGGUGACAGCACUCUUACGAAAGCUGAAGAUGCCAUCGAUAUGCCAGCAGACGAGCAAAUGAAAUUCAACGAGGAAUGUGUAUGUGUUCACGAUUGUUUCAGUGUUGAUCAGUCAGUUCGCCGUUUGAUUCCAGCCAAUGCUUGGCGCAUUAUCCGCCCAUACAUGACCGAUGCAACUGAAUAUCCCGUCAACCAAGAACUGUGUUCGAAGUGUCAGGAGACACGCUGCGAGGAGGAGAGUUUGGAACUGGCACUUCGACUCCAGGCGUCAGAGCAGAAGGAGGCGUAUGCGUCUUUGCUGAUGAACCGCUCGCAGGAUGCUAUGUUACAGCCGGGUGAAUCAUGUGCAAUAUUCUACAUUGUUGCUGGUGACUUUCUUGACAAGCUCAAGCGGUUCAUUCGAAGCAAUGGCCAGUCCGGCAUACCGGAGUGCAUUGACAACUCUGCGUUUGUUUGCGGUGAGCACGGCCAGCUGAUCUACAAUGUGUUGCCAGAUGACGACGAACAGUUAAGCGAUGACUACGACUGUCCUCGAUUCUCUUACGUCACGGAGCACCACUGGCAGGAUUUGCAACGCUACUACAGUUGCCGCAAUGCACUGUCCGUGCAGCUAAGUCGCGACCUGGACCCAAGCAUACCCGAGGAGCAGCUCCGUGUCGACCAGUGCUCAUCUCCUUCGUUGUGCAUGGACUGUUAUAGCCAGCGCUUAGCCGACUGUCACAAGAAACGACUGGAGUACUCGGAAGCCACCGUCUACAUACGUCAGGUCGAAUCCAAUCCCACCAGCACUGCCGCAAUGACGACUGACGGCUCGAACAGCCAUGAUCCCAUCGAUCUCGAUGCACCGCCGACUAAGCGCCUGUGCGUGAAUCCGGAAGAAGGUGGAUCACUAGGUGUUCGCCGUAGCACCAGGCAGCGAAGGUGUCGCAACUCCAUCAGCAUUCGUGUUUCCUCUACUGAGCCUCUUAUUGAUUUGAAACUGAAGUUGAUGCGGCACAUUACCGCUGCGCCUUUCGACCAACACUUGGCCAUCGAGGAGGAUGGCGGCAAGUGCACCGAGUUGCUGGACGACAAGGGCACUCUCAGCGCACAGGGUGUGGCGCCGAAUGCGUCUCUGCUAGUCUGGGUGGAUAAGCCAGUCGCAACUGAAGUAGAAGAACUGGCACCAGUAGACACCACGCCUGAAGAAGGAUUUAAAGGAACCGUGCUGCUGUCCUGAGAGCAGUGCAUGAACAAAGUGAACACACACCCAUGCACGCACAUGCACAUAAUUCCUCCUGAACAUAUAUGCAGACACACGCCGAUACUCCAUCUACUCUUGAAGUCUUGUUCUCUGCACUGGUGGUGGUGAUGGUGGUGGAGCCCUUGCUUUCAUAGCUUUGGUUUCUGUUCUUACACUGGUUUUCAAGUACCUUUUUUUAGCUGAGCCAUCGUCUAGAUUUUAUUGUUUUUAGUAGGCCGUUGUAGUUUUUAUAAUUAUAGAUCCAAAGCCCUGGUGGGUGUGUGUGUGUGUGUGUGUUCGUUUUUGUGUCAGUGUGUGUGUGUUUACCUAAGUACCCACCUUUUUUUCCUACUUAUUCGAUGCAGGGCAUGAUAGGUCAUUUGUUUUUUUGUAUGCCCUCCCCCCCCCCCCACACACACACACUCAUUAUCUGUUCAUCAACGCCUGAAGUGUUGGCGAUGACUAGUAUUCCAUUGAAUUCCAGUUUCGUUCACUGACAUUUUAUACCUGUUUAAUAGUGGUUCAUUCUUGAUUACCAGCACCUAGCUAACCCUUUUUUUAACCAACAUCUCUAGUUUUGCAGUUCACCAGCUGACUUGAUUUGUUUUCACCACCUUCCUGA